UUAAGUUUAAUUAAAAUAAAGUACUUUUUUAUCAAUAUUAGUCUUUUAAUAUGAUGUUCAUUCUUUACGCAUAACGUACGUAUUACCAUGACUGAAGAAAAACUUGUCACGGAGGUCCCGAGCAGCCUUAAACAGUUGGCUCGAUUAGUUGUAAGAGGUUUUUAUUCUAUAGAAGAUGCGUUAAUAAUUGAUAUGUUAGUAAGAAAUCCCUGCAUGAAGGAAGAUGAUGUGUGCGAACUUCUCAGGUUUGAAAAAAAGAUGCUGAGAGCUAGAAUAUCAACACUAAAAAAUGAUAAGUUUAUACAAGUAAGAUUAAGAAUGGAGACUGGAUCAGAUGGUAAAGCUCAAAAAGUAAAUUACUAUUUUAUUAACUAUAAAACCUUUGUAAACGUAGUCAAAUAUAAAUUAGAUUUAAUGAGAAAAAGAUUAGAGACUGAAGAGCGUGAUGCUACAAGCAGAGCAAGUUUCAAGUGUCCCGGAUGUUUAAAGACUUUUACAGAUUUAGAAGCUGAUCAACUCUUUGACUUUGCAACUGGAGAGUUCCAUUGUACAUAUUGUCGUGAGGUUGUUGAAGAAGACUCUUCAGCUCUGCCAAAAAAAGACUCUAGGUUACUAUUAGCAAAAUUUAAUGAACAAUUAGAACCUCUUUACAUUCUUCUUCGUGAGGUAGAGGGAAUUAAACUUGCACCUGAAGUAUUAGAACCUGAACCAGUAGAUAUUAGCACAAUUAGAGGCCUGGACAAGAAGAGCAAUGCUUUGGCAUCUGGACAAGAAUGGUCUGGAGAAGCUACUAGAAGAGGUGGAUUUGCUGCAGAAGAGACUAGAGUAGAUAUUACAAUAGGAGAUGAGAGUAAUUCCACUGUUAGUAGAAAGGAGCAACCAAUUUGGAUGACCGAAUCUACAGUCAUUACUAACUUGGAUUCUCAAGAUGCAAAUAAAGCUACUGACAGCUUGGGAGAUAUUUCUGAGGCAACUGGUGCUACUAAUGCCAAGAAUGAUGACAUAAUGUCAGUGCUUCUGGCUCAUGAAAAGAAACAAACCAACACAACAGUUAAUGCUAUUAAAGGUCUCAAUAAUGAAUCUGAAUCCAGCUCAGAUGAAUUGAAUGAAGUCAAUGAUGACUUGGACAAUAUUGAUACUAUAGAAAGUGAAGAUGAUGAAAAUGAUGAUGUUCCUACUAUUACAGUUGGUAAUAAAACAUAUUCAAUAACUGAUAUCAAUGAUACUAUUAUAGCGGAAAUGAGUCAAAGUGAAAAAGAAAUUUAUGUUCAAGUGUUUCAGGAUUAUUAUAGUCAUAUGAAUAUUUAAGGAACAUUUAUAUAUGUAACAAUGUGUUAUGAUAAGUCUAAUCAACAGAAGGAAGACAUUUUAUUGACCUUAAUAAAUUUGGUUACAUCUCUUUAUGCAGUAAAUAUUAAUUUGUAAUAUUUUCAUAUCAA